AAGAAAAGAAAAGAAUUAUCCAGUGGAAAGAUGAGGAUUGAGGAAGGAAAUAGAAAUAGAAAAAGAAAAUUGAAAAAAGAUUGAUUAGAGGAGAGAUGAGCAUGGCGUGUGGAUGUUGGCACUACUACAACCGUCCCCCGCAGUUACUGUUAAAAUCCUCCUUGCGUCUUUCUUCUUCUUCUUCUUCUUCUUCAACUGUGUUUUGUCUCUCCUCAAAAUCCAAAGAUGAUGAUGAAAUUGAUAAAUCCGAAGCUCCGAUUAAAGGUUCUGGAACCACCGCCAGAGGUCGCAGAUUGCUCAGAAUUCGCCAAGACAAACUCCAACGGGAAUACGACCGGCUUCACAAUUACCCUGCUUGGGCUAAAGUCCUUGAAGAUGCUUGCAAAAACGAUACUGAACUACGGGCUGUCCUUGGAGAUAGUAUCGGCAACCCGGAACUCAUGAGGAACCGCGUGGAAGAUAGAAUUCGAAAGAAGGGUAAAGACUUUCGUAGGUCCAAAACUGGAUCUGUUGUUGCUUCCAAAGUCACCUUUAGAGACUUCAAUCCACUUGAUUCCUACAUCUGGUUUGAACUCUAUGGAUCACCAUCUGAUCGCGAUGUUAAUCUAAUUGGCAGUGUCAUUCAAGCAUGGUAUGUCAUGGGUCGCCUUGGUGCCUACAAUUCUUCAAAUUUGCAGAUGUCAAAUUCGUCAAUGGACCAUGAUCCUCUCUAUGAUGCAGAUAAGGGUUCCAAAGUGAUGCCCUCAUCUUUCCAUGAUAUUAGUGACAUUGAGUUCCAAGAUAAUUGGGGACGUGUUUGGGUGGACCUCGGUACGGCUGAUUAUUUUGCCAUUGAUGUGCUUCUCAACUGCCUAACUGUUUUAAGUUCGGAAUAUCUUGGUAUCCAACAAAUUGUUUUUGGUGGUCGGUGCAUGGGUGAUUGGGAAGAGGGGAUGACAAACCCUGAGUAUGGUUACAAGUACUUCAAGAUAUAAACAGGGACUCAAUUUUGGUUCAAAAAAUGACAGCAGGAGGUUAAGUAACAAUAUGCAUUGUUGAGAAGAACAUGUCCUUGGGGUGGGUGUGAUGAUUAUUUUAAACUCCCAAGUUGUGCUUGGUUGCCACUUGCCCGAAAGAACUUCUUGUGCUAUCUGGAGUUAGAAGUCUUGAGAAUCAACUGUUGUGUUGUGUCUGACAUUGGAACUAAUAGUGACGAGAAUAAGGAGCAGCUUGUGAAUCUCUUUUCUUUUCAAAACUGAAAAUAUAUCGCUAAUGACAGAUCAAAGUAACAAAAAUUAUCUGCCAACAAUUAACAGACAAAAUGACGUAUCAAAACAUAAGUAGAUUUAUAGUUAAAUUAGACUGUUACUUUGGUGAUGUGACAUGUAAAAAAAGCAUAUUUAGUAAUUUGCUAUGUUAGUAUCUCUGGGUUAAAUAAGUUAUCCUGACGCUUCGGUGAAUAAGGUACACCAUACUAAAUUAAAUUGUGUAUCUCUCAAA